UGUGAGCGCGCGCAGCGUCAGACCUGCUGCACUUGUUCGAGGGGACUGAUGGCACAGCUCGUCAGGCAACGCCACAAACCUGGUCCUACUGUACAUUCAAGAUAGGGUUCGUUCUCUGUGAGUCAAUGUCUGUUUACUGGAGAUGAAAUCACAUUGAUGCCAAUAAUCAUCCCUGGAUUUCCCUGGCCUUAUGUCGACAUGGCAACAGGAAGGAAAAGCUCCACUUCAAAAGGUGGAGUACACUUCCCUGAUGAAGAUGAAGAAGCUUCCAUUAACAAUAGCUGUGAUGGAAAGCUUCAGGAUAAACUCAUUGUUGCUCUUCCAGAGCCUGAUGGUGCAUAUCUCGUUAAGGUGGGAUUUUUAAGGAGCCAUCACAAAUAUGAAAUCGUCUUUUCUUUGCCCCAAGUCCCAACACUGGGCAAAGAUGUCACCCUUUCCCCCGCGCUUCGUGCUACGGCAAAACCACGGCUACGUGCAACACACAUCACUCCACGCCCUGAGGGGGGAGUGCGGGUGGUUUGUGAGUACAGCGCUCAGCAGGAGGGAGUGGUGCAGGAGGAACUCACCCUGGUCAACAGGAGCAGAAGGGACAGCAGCAUUCGAGUUAGAUUACAGGCCAGGGUUAUGGAGCGCCACCACGGGACACCAAUGCUACUUAAUGGAGUGCGGUGUGUUGGUGAUGAAAAACACACAAAAUAAUGACACGAAGAAACCAGUUUGCUUUGUGUAAAUGAUAAGAAUAAACCGAAAUUAAUGCACAUGUGAACCAUCUCACCCCUAUCCUGUAGGAUCAGUUUCAACUGAUUUAAAAAUAGAGCCUCCGUUAUAGAGGCUACUUAUCACAUCUGCUAAUGGAAUCACAUAUUUAGUUGAAUUGUUUAACUAACAGAAUUGUAAAGGUAAUGGGUUACUAUUACAACAGAACUGAAUUAAAAAGCUAUUUAAAGAUAAAAUCAAUACCAAUGCUUCUGGCCUAUGAUAAAAUAAGUCAGAAGUUCAACUUAGUUCCGCUUUUCUCUGCUGUUUGGUAUGAGUAGAUAUUCACUAACAUUCACUCUAGAAUUUUACACUAGCCACAAAAUGAAAAAAAAAAGUUUUUGUUUGGUUCACCUUGAUAAUGUAUUGAAUUUAAAGUGUAUUUCAAGAACACUCUACUUAUUUUGCCAAGUGCUAACUGAACCACAUAAGGGUUGUGAAUGUCUGAAGAAAAUAAUCUAUGUUUAAUCAUGUGCAUAUACACUGUAUUCAUGAUUAUACAGUAUAUAUAUAUAUAUAUUUUUUUUUUUUUAAGUUAUUGUUUUGAUCUUGUUAUAUAAAGAAAAUAUGCUAGACCAAGACAAAGACACUGGACUCCCUGCAAGGAAGGUAAUUUUAAAGAGGACAUAUUAUGCCUUUUUACAAAGUCUUGCUUUUGUUUUUGGAGUCUUCUAAAAUAAUUUUUCAAUCUUGAAUGUUCAUUUUAAAAAAAUCAUCAUUUUUCACAUAUUUUACAUUGUUGCGGGUUUUGAGUAAUGCUCUGGGGUGCGUUUCCUGUACAGAGUCGUAACUCGCUGCUUAACUACCAUAGUACGUUGUAUCGUUGAAGAAAUCAACUAGUCACGACACCACAUUGUCGCAAAUUGGUCUUUCAACCACGUUGGUUAAUGAUGUUAUGCUGGUGGUGAAGGACUACUUUUAACGAAUCUGUUGAGAUCGAAUUAAUGCUAGACGUUUUGUUAUAAAUUACAGACACGGCAUCUGAGGACUAUUUCAAAUUUCCAGAUUAAAUCAUAGGCUCGUUCUUACGUGGUUAAAGGAGUAGUUCACUUAAAAAAAAAAAAAAAAAAAACUUUUGCUGAUAAUUUACUCACCCCCA